AUGGGCCGAGAGCUUACAAGCACCGAAGUGACGGGCCACGGUCCUGCGUCCGACCUGACGGCUGACUCUGCAGGCGCCUCGGUUGGCGGCUGCUUCGGCCUCCUUACAGGGGCUUGGGUGGCGAUCACGCAGAGGAACCUCCUGGUGCUGCCAGUCUCCGUGAUCGGAGGUGCUGUCAGCUUUGGAUUCUUCCUCGGGUGCGGCAUGAUCAUCAGGUGUGAGGAGCAGAAGGGUGGUGCGAUGAUUCACUCCCAGCUGGUCUCCGUGGAUGCUUCCACACGACCGAGACCGCUGCUUGGAGCGACCGGCGUCAGCUUCGCGCCCUUGGUCCAGGCACUACGCCGCCGUGACGAGUGA